GUUCUGUGUGAAUUACUGGAAUAUCUCCGAGAAUCUCUGGAUUGAUUUUGGUGUAUUAUAUCAGAGGUAUCUAAUUAAGGAUGCUUAAGGAAUCUCAUUUGUUAUCGUAUUAACUGGUUCACUUUGUCCAUAAAAUGGGCAGUAAGGGUAUCAUUCCAUGUAGGUAAAAGUCGCGACUAUGGAAUCCAACAAGAACUCAGCUUCGCACAUUGGCGAUGUGGUAAAUCCAACGAAUAUUACAGUUCUUGGUGCUGGUUGUGAAGUUGGUCGGUCAUGUGUAUUUGCGGAACGUGGUAAACACAAUGUUAUGUUCGACUGUGGUUUGCAUCCAGCUUUAUCUGGUGUUGGUGCUUUGCCUGUCUUUGAGGCUAUUGAUUUAUCUAAGGUUGAUUUAUGUUUGAUUACUCACUUCCACUUGGACCAUUGUGGUGCCGUUCCGUAUUUACUUUCUAAGACAUCCUUCAAGGGUCGUAUUUUCAUGACGUAUGCUACUAAGGCUAUAUGUCAUUUACUAUGGACUGACUAUGCUCGUAUGGAGCAGUUACAGACCGUGAAAUCCAUAUUUGACAGGACUGCUCCUAGGGAUCUUCAGGAUGGUUCCGAUUCAAAGGAAGGUCUCAUGGAUGAACUCAUUUGCGGUUCUGGUUUGUAUUCAUUCGACGACGUGGAAUAUGCGUUGUCAAAGAUUGAAACCAUAGAUUUCCAUGAGGAAAAGGACGUUGGUGGUAUAAAGUUUUCGUGUUACAGGGCAGGCCACGUUCUCGGGGCCUCCAUGUUUCUCGUUGAGAUGGAUGGCGUACGCAUUUUAUAUACUGGUGACUAUUCAACUGAAGUGGACAGGCACGUACCUUGUGCUGAGAUACCACCGAUAAAUGCCCAUUUAUUAAUAUGUGAAAGCACGUAUGGUAUUAGGAUACAUGAGGAGCGCGUUCAACGCGAACGCCGAUUCCUUCGCUCUGUUAUAGAGAUUGUUACUCGUGGUGGCAAGUGCCUCUUACCAGUUUUUGCUUUGGGUAGGGCCCAGGAAAUCUUACUGAUACUAGAUGAGUAUUGGCAGGCCAACCGUAACCUUCAGCCCAUACCUAUUUUCUACAUAUCACCUUUGGCGCAAAAGUCCUUGCGUGUAUAUGAAACGUUUGUGGGUUUAUGCGGUGACUACAUCAAGGAGUGCGUCUAUAAUGGCUUUAACCCAUUCAACUUCACUUUUGUUAAGUAUGCCAGAUCAGUUGCCGAGAUAUCGCAAUAUUUACAAGCUGAUGGCCCCUGUAUCGUAAUGACCUCUCCUGGUAUGUUGCAAGGGGGGCCAUCUCUACAGAUUUUUGAGAAGAUAGCACCAGACAGUCGAAACGGUGUUGUUUUAACGGGUUACACCGUUAAGGGCACACUUGCGGAUGAGUUACGACGCGACCCUGAGGUGGUCAACGUUGGUCACAAAACCAUUAAACGCUUAUGCUCCGUGGACCAGAUAUCAUUUAGUGCUCAUGCUGAUUACCAUCAAACCAAGGAAUUCAUUCGGAGGUUAUCCGUUCCGAAUGUCAUCCUUGUCCAUGGUGAGCGUAAUGAGAUGACUCGUAUGAGGGACAAGCUUUCUGAGGAGAUCAAUGAGCUUUCUGUUUUUAUGCCUGAGGUGCUACAGAUGAUAACUCUCAACUUCCCACCGGACACCACUAUCCAUGCCGUGGGUCAAAUAGCAGAUGACGCUAAGAGAAUUGCAACUCAUGGCCCUGACGAUACCGUGGCAUAUUCUAGCGUGGUCCUGGUUGGCGAAAACAAACCCAAAGUGGUCUAUGCCGAUGACCUGGAGAACUCAGUCUCCUUGGACCUCAGCUAUCUGGAUCAACAGAUGACCAUUGAGUUCAAUGGUACCCUAGAGGACCUGAAAGCAACAUUGGAUGGCAUCUACGAUCAGGUGGAGAUAAUAGGCAAUGACCAGUUACGUGUUCUAGGCCUGGUAACAGUCUUUGUUGCCAAUGGACGCCUAAGGAUGACCUGGACCUCUAACCCAGUGGCGGACCUCGUUGCUGAUAGUAUCAACAUGGUUGCUAUACAGUUGAUCGUGAACCCCAAAGAAUGCUUACAGGAAUCCGGGAUUAACGUUCUACUCAAGGAAGACUCAGUCUUCUAUGAGGUAUCAGAGAAGCAGCUGAUUGCGAAAUUCGGGGCACCGGUAGAUCCCUGUGUCAAGGAGGAAUCAAUUGACCCCAAAGGCCACAGGAAACUGCAGUUUCUAAUCCAGAAUCCAUAUUCCGAGAACUCGCCUGUUGUUGGCAUGGACGUCAACCUUAGUACUUGCGAAGUAACCUGUGAAGACAAGGAGGCUGCCAACAUUGCAAUCUCCAUAUUAAACACGAUAAAGGCUGCUUUGAGGCCGGUAACAUUCUAGCUUAACUAUCGCACC